AUGGGGAAGUUGGACUCCAAGCCAAAACAGUGUCAUAGGAAAUGUGAGAACCACCAUGAGUGUGUGACCAGCUGUGAGUUCCUGAGAUCCCUGCAGGUGACAAGGCAGGGGCAGUGCCCUUCUCCACACAGAGCAUCUGGAUUUGCAGCUGCCUGUGUGCUGAGCUGCAGUGCAGACAGAGACUGUUCUGGCAAAAGGAAGUGCUGUGCCAAUGGAUGUGGUUUCACCUGCCAGAUGCCAGUUCAUAUGCUUAAAGGAGUCCCAUUGAAACCUCACAGUGAAUUCAUAUUUGAUGAACAUACAAACAGAAGUGUGGCGAUAACUUGGAAAUCUAGAUUCAACAUUUCCGUUGAGCCAGUUUUGUAUAUCCUCCAAAGACGAUGGAAUUAUGGUAUUCAGCCCAGUGAAGAUCAGUCCACACCUUGGCAGACAAUAACUGUGACAGCGGCUCAUAAUUUUAAUAUGAUAGACGUAAGGCCAGGCAGAUGGUACCAGUUCCGGGUGGCAGCAGUGAAUGUGCACGGAACACAAGGAUUCACCACUCCAAGUAGACACUUCCACUCUACUAAAGCACCGCUCAAGCUCCAUCAGGUUGGAUGGGAAUCGUCGGUGUGCGGCAACUUUCAGAUCUCUCCAGAUCCCUUGCCCCCUGCUGCCCCUAAUGACGUCAGAAUAGGUGACCUAACUUUUGCCCAUAAUGGCACUGUGAGCGUGCACAUUAUCUGGGCCCCUCCAAAAGAACAAGACUUAAAAAUUCAUCAUUACAGAAUCUCAUGGAGCAGUAGCGCUACUGGAGAGCUGCAAUCAGUGCGCAAGACGAACAGUUGGAGGAUGACUGAUGGGGUGCGUAACGGCUAA